GUAUUUUGAAAACUAUCCUUUAUCGUUUUCCACUGUCCGGAUUUUACGACAGCAUGAAAAGAUGGAGGAAGAUGAACACACUGACAGAAAACAGCAGUUUGCCAGGCUUUAUCAAAAAAUUAAUAAACUUAAAAAGUCCCUCAACGAAGAUGACACAAACAAAAUAAACCAGGUCAUCAGCUCAAACUCGCCUGAAACUUGUUACUCCUAUCUGAUGGAGCUGGAGAAGAAAGGAAAUCCUCAUCUGGAUUAUAGCCUUCUCACCAAGCUCAUAGAUUUUUAUACUAAAGUGUUCUCCAACAUGCCGCUGGGUAAACAUUGUCAGAAUGAAAAUUAUGCCAAGAUGUUGGUCAGAUUUGCAGAGCUUAAAGCAAUUCAAGAUGUCAACGAGGCGGAGGCUAACUUCAAAGUGGCAAGAUCUCAUUGUCCAAAUUUUGCUUUUGUCCACAUUGCACAUGCACAGUUUGAGCACUCUCAAGGUAACACAAAAGAAGCCAUUUACAUACUGCAGAGUGCCAUUGAAGAGGGAGCUGAGCCAAAAGAACAUUUGAAAGCCAUGCUGCAGAGCAUGCAGGCAGGAAAAACACAGUUCUGUUUGGAGGAUAAGGAGAAUCUUCCAGCCAACAACGUUGUUCAAGAUUCUAUUAAAAAAGGCUCAGAUUUUCCGAAACCUGGCAGAACAUCCGAUGGAAUGAGUGAAUUGCAGCUCUCCAGUAUUUUUAAUGUUGGGAUGGCAAUGCUGUCUGGAUCUUCAGAUGAUCACUUUUCUGGCUGGAGAACAGGCUCUCAGCACAAAAGAGCAGUUGGCUUGCCAGGGAGAGUACCUGGUGUACCAUUCUCCAUUCAAGAAAAUAAUAACGAUGGUGAUGAGAAAUUCAAUGAAAAAGUGUCUAAAAGAAGUCACGUGAACAUUCCCAAAAGUUUGAACAGGCAAACAUCUGGAUCACACAACACUUCUCUGUUACCACUUUCUUCUUUGAGAAAAACUGUGGAAAAUGAAGGUCUAGUCAAUGAUCAACCACUAGCUUUCAUUUCGAAUAAUAACCAGUGUGAAGACCAGGCAGCGUCAACCACAACAUUCCUCCAAACAAGUGGCACUAAAGGCUCCAGCAGAAUGGAAGAUGUAACUUUUAGUUUUGAUCAGAUUAUCAGAUCUAGUUCUCCUGAGUCAUGUUGGGUCUACUUGAUAAAACUGGAGAAAAGUGGCAACCCUCACACAAACACUGGGCUCCUCAAUAAACUCAAGGACUGCUAUUCCAAAAUUUUUACCAAGCUGCCAGUCAGACAGUACUGCAAUAAUGCCAGCUAUGCCAGAAUGCUCGUCCGAUAUGCAGAGCUUAAGGGCAUUGAAGAUCCAGAUGAAGCACGGGAUCACUUCAUACUUGCCAGGUCCAACUGCAAAGGUUUUGCCUUCGUCCAUAUUGCACAUGCCCAGUUUGAAAUAUCUGAAGGUAACAGGAUGAAAGCAGCUUCCAUUUUACAUAAAGCCCAAACACUAAAUGCCAAACCAGCUGAGCUGUUGGACAUAGCCAUAAGUAACCUUAAAGCUGGAGAAAAACUGCUGGUGCCCCCAAUGGAGGAGGACCCACCCACAGAAAGUGUGUCCUCUUGUGGGGGAAGCCAGGAAGUGCAGCUUUCCUCCUGGGCCUCUAUGACCCACUCUGUGCAACAGACUAAACUUGCCAACAAAGAGCUCGUGUCGGAGUUGAAGAUCCCUAGUCUUAUGAAUUGUCAUGUUUCUCCUGAGUGUUAUAACUCCUAUUGUUAAGCGAGGUCCUGAGGUGCCAUCUUCUGCAGUAGCAGAUAACAGAACUGAAUUCAUUCAGCAGCCAUGCACACCUCUAUUCCAAGCAGCUGGUUUCCAGAAUCCACAAGCCUCCUUCAGUGCUUUGUCUAACGAAUCUAUUAUAAUCAAGGGGAAGCAGUUUUUCAUUCUGAAGAUGAUUGGACGUGGUGGCUCGAGCAAGGUCUACCAGGUUCUUGAUCAGAAAAAGCAGCUGUUUGCUGUGAAAUACGUGGACCUCGAUGAAGCGGAUGCUCAGAUAGUAGAAAGCUACAAAAAUGAAAUUGAACAUCUGAACCACUUGCAGCAGUACAGCGAUCAAAUCAUAAAGCUCUAUGAUUAUGAAAUAACCAGCAGCUACAUCUACAUGUUGAUGGAAUGUGGGAACUUGGAUCUGAAUACUUGGUUGCGAAACCGCAAAACUGUAAACCCACUUGAGAGGAAGUUCUACUGGAAGAACAUGUUAGAGGCCGUCCACACUAUCCACAAACACGGAAUUAUUCACAGUGACUUGAAGCCAGCGAAUUUUGUCUUUGUGAAUGCGUCGCUGAAGCUGAUUGACUUUGGCAUUGCAAACAGAAUUCAACCUGAUGUGACAAGCAUUAUGAAGGAUUCCCAGGUAGGAACCUUGAACUAUAUGCCUCCUGAAGCCAUCAAAGACACGUCAUCCCUAUCAGGAAAAGUUCACUCAAAGAUCAGCCCUAAAGGUGACGUGUGGUCCCUUGGAUGCAUCCUAUACUGCAUGACCUUUGGGAAGACUCCAUUCCAAAGCAUCACGAAUCAAAUCGCCAAGCUGCAUGCCAUCAUCAAUCCUUCUCAUAAGAUCAACUUUCCUGAUAUCCUCGAGAAGGACUUACUUGAUGUGUUAAAGAGGUGCUUGGUUCGAAACCCCAGAGAAAGAAUUUCGAUUGUAGAGCUGCUGGAACAUCCAUACCUCCAGCUGAAACCCCAGCCAUCACCCAAGCCAGAACAAUCUUCCAGCAAUGAUCUGAAGAAGAUCCUAACAGACCUGGCAGCCCUCCAAUCUCCCAACAGCAUCAUCAGAGCUGCAAACAAUUUGGCAAAAAUGUGCAGCAGUGGCAGGAAGCUGGAUGUGGCGGAGUGUGCUAAAUCGUCGACUUAACUAGCCUUUGUACAUUUUUUUCCUCUCUGUAACCAUUAAAGUGGUUUUCUCUAUAGGAAAUGUUAAACUAAAGCAAAAUGUUUGUUUAUUUUUAUUCAUACUCUUUUUAAAUAGAACUAAGCAUUUAUAAUUUAAGAAAAUAAACAGUUAAGACAA